GGGACCGCAUUCCACCCCUCUGACGACUGACCUCACACACAAGCACACGCACACGAACACACACACUGUUCCAGGCGCCCACGUCACACGCUCAUCAUACCAUUUUCUGGAGGAAGUUCAGAUCAGUAGAAGGGGAUGCUGGCGGCUGGCAGCCACUGACACCAACUUUCAGUACACAGUUGAACUCGACACACUGCACCUUCAUCUUAGGAGAAAGCAAAAAGCCCUGAGAAGCAUAUAAAGGCACACCAGAACUUGACCUGACUCUUGACUCAGCCAUCAUAAACCACUGCUGAAAAAUAAGCUUGGGACAGAAUCUGUGGGCCUGAAGCAUCAGGAUGCUAGCUAAAAUCCUGGAGGAGAUGUGGGUGGAGCCAGAGGUACUGGAGGCCUUGAGCGAAGAGCAGAAGAGGAUCCUCUUCCUCAAGAUGAGAGAGGAGCAAGUCCGCCGCUGGAGGGAGAGGGAGGAGCAUGAAGGAGAAGACAGCAGCAGCGGCAGCAGGCCAAAGAAAGCCACCAGCAAGCAUGUAAGUUGGCUCCUCGGUCGUGAUGGAGAUGUGUGCGUCCUUGUGAUUGGAGAAGUGGAUGAGUUCAGGUCCUCCAAACUUCUCCAGAAUCUUCUCAAUAACAGGCUCCAUCGUGAUAAUAUGAAUGGCAUCCAGACAGCAGACAUGCAGGCAGGAAAAAAUCCCCAGCAGCUUGGAUUUAAAGAGGAAACGCAGCUAGCUGUCCCUGAUGGCACCACUAAUGACGCUGGCUCACCGCACAUCCAAUCAUCUGAGGACGAGAUGGACUCCUACAGCGCAGAUGACGACCCGAAGGACCCCGGCGAGGGUAGUGACAGCGAAUCAGGCAGCAGCUCGGACAACCUCAGCGACUGGGCUCCUCUCUACAGGCCACAUCUUAGUAGCCAUGGCAACAAACCAGCACUGAAAGCCCAGCUGUUUGACGCAGAGCGGGUCAGCCCACGGGCCAGAGAUGUCCUAAGUGUUCAAGAAUAUGGAGGCAGAGUGGCCCAGCUCAGGAGAGCUUUUGGAUCUGAUUCUUCUCACAGCUUCAGCAAGCCUCCUUUACCUGCCAAACCUGCUCAUCUACUGACCAGAGGCAUGCCACUGAUCCAUUAGCACUCUGCUAGGCCUGCUUUGAAGCAAAGCUGUAACCACGAAGAGAGUGAUGGCCUGAAUAGUGUCACAAGUACUGUGUAGGGAGUAACUAUACAUCCUCAAGAUAUGUGUGGUCCAGGCUCAGGCCGUACGACAACAGAACAGGACCCUGACUUGAACCGCAAAGGUGAACUGAGCAUGAAGAAAUAUGCAAAGAGACAGGUCAAUCACCAUCUAGGACAACAUGCAAAUCAAAACUGAUAAUCAAUGACUGUUUUUCUUAAUGAGAUUACGCUAUAAUGUAUGUGUGUGUACGGUGUGGUCCUAAGUACAGUAUUGUACUGAGCAAUCACAAUGUUUGUUGUUUUGUCUUUUCAUUUUGAAAAACAAAACAAAACAGCAAUAGUCGGACAGACACAGCUACCAGGAUAUUACAAGAAAAUAUAAAACAAAUUUCCACAAAAAUUUGUAGUCUGCUGGCACAAGAACCCCAAAGUUGAACUCAUUAUAUUAUUAUAUUAUAAAUGCAUGAAUGGAUCCAUCCACACCUCACAAUCCUUAUGGUGCUGCCCAUUUGUUCACCAUUAUUCAUGUACACGAAGUAUCGUAGGAAUCUAGUCAUUAUAGUAAUGCUAAAAAAACUAAUCUAACCCAAUGGUACACAGACGGGGCUUUAACAUUGCUUAUCCUUUAUGGCUGAAUUUUAAAUAUAUUUUUUUUCAGUUCAAGUCGUGUCAUGAGUGAACACUAUGAAUGUCCGACAUUCUCAUGAAGAAUACCAAUGAUUCAGUGUUCAGACAUUUUUAACAGGUUAUGGACCUGUUUUCAAGCUACAUUGUGCACCUCGCUCCACCUUCUCCUCAUGCUGUCCCUCCCCAAAUUAUUACAACCCUUUUUCAGUGAAUGUAACUUGUAUGUGAGCAUUUGGAUGAAACUGUGACAUGGAGCUGACCAACUGUAAAGUGCUUGAACAAAGGAUUUCACAACGUGACAAUCUUUAAAUCCACUGAUAUCCCAGGAAAUCUGAUUUUUCGUGCACAGAGGAGAUAAGACGGAUUAAAUCAAUGUGUCUGUA